AUGGCCGACAAUAACAUCAAUCCGUCAAGAUGGUUUCCUACACUUACAUCCUCACUCUUCUUGCUGCCACCGCCAGCAUCGCCAGCCCGACCCCCCUCUUGGGCGAAGACGGCACCAUCGAGACUCUCCUACACCUGCAAGGCAGGAGCCAAGAACGACGGCGCCCUGUACGGAACAGUCAAAUACGACACAUCCAUCGGAUACCUCCGCGAAGCCAAGACCACCGCAGGCUCCAGCGGAUACCCCAAGCCGUUUGACAACAGGGGCAAUGUGAUGACAUUUGCCUCGGGAUGCUCCGGCACCGUCUACGAGCUCCCUGUCCUGGCAGACGGCAAGCGCUACGACUUCAACGCCAAGAAGGGGACUACCAACCGCCCUGGUCCCAUGCGUGUGUACUACACCAAGGAUCUCAAGUUCUGCGGUAUUGGAGCCAAGGAGAAGGCUGACGGUACUGGCAACCCUCACAACUGCGCCGCCAACUAA